AUGAAUAAAACUGUGUGUAAAAAGUUCCAGGAUGUAAGGAACGCGAUCUCCGAUGAAUUGGACAGUACAGGAAAUUAUCAAUUUAUAAAUGAUGAUUUUUUAAGUAAUUAUUGUGAUAAUAUUGAUUUUUCAAAUGGUUAUUGUAAUAUUGAUUUUAAAAGUGAUUUCGAUAAAAUAAAUGCUGGAUGCUUAUAUUUGUUGGAUGAAUUCAUUAAGGAUUGCGGUGUGGAUCCCUCUACUGCAAAAAAUAACAUCAAUAUUGUUGAUUACAUUAUGAUAUGGUUAAGUUAUAUGAUAAACCUGAAAUAUAGUGAAGAAUCAAACAUUAUAACGUGUUUUUAUAUUGCAUACAUGAAUGAUUGUGAUAAGUAUAACAAGAAAAUAAAUGGAUGUACUGGUUAUAAGGAUUAUAAGGAACUUUUAGAUAAAAAAAAUGAUGUGUUGAAUAUGGAUAGUAAAAUUGUACCUAAAUUUUAUAAAGCAUUUAAAUCGUUAUGUGAAAUGUAUACUGAAUUUGAUGAAAAUAAGGAAAAUUGCACAAACUAUUCGGAAAAAGCUAAAGAAUUUGUUGAACAAUAUGAAGAACUUUACGAGGAAUAUAAUAGCACUAAUGACAGUUCAUAUAAAAAAGUAUUGUGUACUUUAUCAACCGAUUAUGAUAAUUUAAUAAAGAAAUGUAAUGAUACUCAGUGUUGCAAAUCUUCAUCCCUUCCAACGAUAGAAACAGAAAAAAUUCCUGAAAAUUGUUCUGAAGAAACUUCUGAAAAAACUUAUGGAACAGGAUAUGGACAAUAUUCUGGGGAAUUUCCUGAGGUUACAUUAUCAGAAUCAUCUCUAGUAAGUAAAUUAUUUAUAGUUUUAUCGAUAUUUGGUGCAAUAGCAAUUUUUUUAGGAAUUUCUUAUAAGUAUUCGUUAUUUGGAUUUCGGCAACGAUUUCAAAAACAAAAAUUAAGAGAAAAACUAAAAAAUAUAAAGAAGAGAAUGAAUCAUUAA